AUGACGUGGGCCACAGAUACAACAGUGACGUCAGAACCGAAGUCAGUCACUCUGGCAGAGCUUGAGAUUCAGGAACAAGCUUCCAGCUGGACAUUCGAGGUCAAGGUCACCAUCAAAGGGCGGAUAACUGCAGUUAUCAAAGGUACCAAGGGCAUGACAUCUGUUGCCAUGACGAUUGAUGGAGAUGUCGCAACUGUCCUUGAAGAUCGUCGAGCAGGAACUGCAUCGUCUGUACCCAAAGAUGUUGACAUAAAACAUGGCAAGGUCACUUGGCCGGUGACGGGCAAAUGUGACUUCCGGUUCGAAACAUGUCCCAGAAAGUGA